AUGAACUUGAAAUCCACAACCAAGGGAUGCGGAACACCACUUGCGAGCGUCAUUCGAAGAGACCUUCCUUGGAGGUUGGUUGAUGAGUUGGAGAACUUCAUUCUGGUCCUCCGCAAUUGGAAUAAGCUAAACCAUCAUGAAAUACUGAACGGGGAUUACACAUUUGAUUUAGAUGCUUUACCGGUCAAAUUUUACCGGUCAACUGGUUCUCUACGUGUCCACGAGAAUGAAUCCCCUGAAUCGGAGCUCAACGCAGCAAUGCGGUAUCUCACUGAGAUUAUUUGGAAGGAAGGAGGGUUUCGCUUUACACCUCCAGAGGCUACAGCGCCCGGUCUCCAAAACUCUACGUAUACAUACCACUGCUCCCAAGAUGCUAUGCAUACCAAAGGCGAUCAAUCUACAGAGGAGCUAGAGAAGCAACGGGAUGGUCGACGCAUGGAUCGAUUCCCAUGCGAGAGCCAGCUCAACAUACGCCCCUGCUUACAACGUCGAACCCUUUCCGUUUCAAUCCACCACAUAUGGCAUAUGCCCGCAGAACCUGACAUCUCCAACAGUGAAUCCGAGUCCUUCGAAAUUGCAUCGGAGUCUUCCGGGUUUGAAUCAGAGUCUGACUCUGACUACCGUGAAAGCGAAGGCGAAUCGGAGCCGGACGCUAAACCAUUCCACGUCCGCGCGGCAGAAUAUUUGAAGAUGAUGCGAGAAUUCAUAGAGCAUUUUGAUGAGGAAAAGGCAAAUGGGAAUUUCGAGUAA